AUGAGGGAAGACGGGGAUAACCCUCUGGCACUGUCAUCCAAGAGAUCGCCCCGGGACCAGACGGGGUACGGACGGGAGCUAGAGAGGCUGCAGGCUGACUUGGAAGUGGAGAAGACCCGGACGCUGUGGGCUUGGGGGCAGCUUGGCGUGGAGCUGAGGCACCUGCGGGAGGAGGCAGAGAAGGAACAUAGGAGGGUUUUGAGGGAGGUGGCGGCCAGGCGAGGGAGCCAAAAAGACAGUAGGAGACGCAGAUAUCUCCUGGCAAAAGAGGCGGCGUUUCAAGGCGGCGGGCGCCGCAGUGAGGUUGAGUCCACGGGGGAGAAGGCUGGCGGUUUCUGUGGUGGGCAAACGAAGCUGGAGCAGUUGCUGCUGACGCUGUAUGACAAGAUAAGCGCGGACCCCGCCGCUUAUAAGCUCCACCAGCGGCAGGAGUUUGAGCUAGAAAAAGCCAUCUUCCUCUGCCACCUUUUAGAUGCCCACGGAAAGCUGCUGGAAGGUACUCGGAGAGUAGGAUCCCCCGGCCAUGUCGCCAAGAGCACCUCAAGGAUGCCAGCAGAGGGAGUCAGCAGUAGCCCCUGUCAGGUGCCCCCUGUUCUGAGCUCCCCGAAGAGGAAAUCCAAAGAGGUUCGGAGGAGGCAUCCCUCAGACAAAGUGUUCCCAGCUGCUGCUCCGUGCAUCGCUGCCACAGUCAGGGACGCCGCUCACAGAAUCCACCCGCCUCACGUAUGUCCCCAUGCCGAUCGGGACAGUCAGCCGUCAUCCUGGACUGAGUCCUCCUGGUCAGAUGAAUCAUCGUCAUCCAAAUGCAUGCAGAGCAACAUGGAGCCUCCCUCUGUUGCGGUGUCCGCGGCCUCUUCAACAAUCAAUAGGCAGCCAACAUCAUUCCAGCGUCAUCUCCAUGGAAACGAGCCCCGGACGCUCUAA